UAAAGACCGUACAAAAUACACAUAAUUACAAGACUAGUAACAGACACACAAAAAAUGCAUCAACAUCGGGUAGACCGGUCGGGGGAAGGUCCACUACAACCGACUAAGUGAAGGAGCACAACCUAGUUACCUAACGGAGCAAAAUUAGCUUUAACAAUCGGUGCAUUAGAUUGCACGGAGAUGGCUUCCUCGCUCCGUCACAUUGUUUGGAACCUAGUUACAAGAUCGUUCCGUCCAAAAGUCGUCUCUGCACCUUGUUUUCUUAGCAUCUACCGAAGUUAUUCUACUGUGCCAAAAGAUGGUGGAUUUCUUCUUCUUUUCUUGUCUGUUACUUUGUCUGUAGACCCUUAAAUGAUAUCUAAAGAAUAUUGUUUCAUUUCAGUUUCCUCUAUAAUUAUGAUGAUAUCUAAAGAAUAUUGUUUCAUUUCAGUUUCCUAUAAUCAAUCAUGUCUAAGAAGCCUGUCACCCAUAAUUUCAUCACUUGAAUUCGAAAUGGAGAUGUAUCCUUGCGAUAGAAGCUUAAGUCUGAACAUACAUGGAUCGGAUCAUGAUGAACCCUUGCUUGUAUCACUUGAAAUGGAGGAAGGGACCGAUGAUGAACACGACAUGUUGCUGAUCCAAGGCAAGACCAGUAGUGAUAUCAAAGAAGAGAUGAAAGAUGGAAUGUUAAAGCAGCCUAGCAAAGAAGACAUCAUAGCUAACAUCGGUGCUAACAUCAUCACUAGUUUCCGCGACAUCACCACUAAACGCAGUUGGAUUUACUAUGAUAUGUUUUUUGACCGAUCGAUUCUAGGCAAGGAACUAUGCCCUGCAAUAGCGAUGUUGUCACCGAUUAAUUCAUUCUCGAUUUAUAGGAGUGAGGAUACUGAUAUGGAUCAGGUAUAUGGUCAUAGCCUACUCAUAACCAUGAGUAUGCCUGAAGAGGUGAAGAUGAAGUUGACCACGCAAGGCCUACGUGUGUCAUUAAGAAUGCAAGGACUGGGGAGAACAAUGCGUGGACUGGAGAGAGGGGACGUGAACACAUAUUUCAUUAACGACACUUUCUUCAUUGAAGGAAGAACAAAGAAGAGGACAUACUACGAGGAGACUUUCUAUGAAACAGAUGAGACACACUAUAUUGCUGGCAUACAUUUACCAGAGGGCAUCCAUAAGAAGCAUAAUAUGAUCAAGAGAGAAAUGUAAGAUGAUGUGUUAUAUGUAAUAAUUGCUUGUUAUGUGAACAAGGAUGAGUUGCAUAAGAUCAAAGACCAAUUGAAGAAGUCGAAGAAAAAAUUAAUGCUUGCUAGGUAAAAAUUUCCAACUUUGCUUCUUGAAUUAAAAAGGCUUUUGCUGAUUCGUAAGUUUUAUUGGUUUUCUUUUUAUUGCUAACACUUGAAUUUGUAUGCUUCUUUAUUAAAUUGU